AUGGUGGUUCACUGGGAGUAUGAAGGUGUUUGGAUUCUGAGACAGGCUCCCGAUGCAGACCCUGACUACGUCUCGGGAGAGUUCGGUACCAAGUGGCUGGGGGAGCUCAGCCGGUGGUGGUUCGAAGGUGCUGGUCGUGGGCUGAAGCGACCUGUCGACCUGUCGACGUUGACGGAUCGCAGGGCAGGACCGAUGAAGGUCGUGGCCAAAACAGGGCAGCUUGCAGGAGUUGACAAGGCUGUGGUCAACUUGGCAGUGAAGGUUGCCAAGGACGAUGUGAGAGUACGAAAAGCAGAAAGAUCGCAAAAGACACAGCCCUUCUCUAUUGCGCAAAAAGAUUUGUGGGCAAAAUUUGAUCGAGCAAUCGUCCCUGGCGUUGGGGAAACCCAGGCUGCGGCGAAGGCCCUCAGCGAAGGGAAGGCCCUCGCUUGGCGCGAAGAAGACUAUGACUCGAUGCCCAUCCCUGUUCUUCGUCGCCAAGAGACCCUGAGCCGCGCCGUUCGCCGUCGUUUCGCCUCGCGGAGUCGUGGAGAGCUCGGGAGAGAGCGCUCGGCAGCCGACGCUUCGUUCGAGCGUGACAACGUGGUAGCGAGGGCGCUCCGGGUGCGCUUCUCCGGAUCGGGACCACUUCUUCGGGUCCGCGACCCCGCGACCCCUCGGACACCGGUGAAGCCGCACAACGAGUGGUGGAAGGACGACCUUAUCUUCCGCUCGGGCCCCGCGUCCGGAACUGCUGCCAGUUCCACUGCCAGCGCCACGGCAAUUCCAGCGCUGGCAAAAGCAGAGGCUGAAGCCGCUGAAGCGGCGAGUCCCGCCCACGGCCAGUUCGACAUCGUGGACACGUUCUCGGAGCGGGCGGAGGAGUCCUCGCCGCCGAGGCACGCUUUGCCCGAGCGCAUGGAGGCCGAACUGCCAGCACCGAAGGAAGUGGAGGCAGCAGAGGUUCCGAAGGCGCUGACGGCCACAGGCGAAGAGCUUGUGAAGGCCAUUGAGGCCGAGGAUUGGUGUAGCGCCGAGAAGAUUCUGACGGAGAGGCCAGAGGACUGCGACGUGAACGCGCGCACCAGCGACUGGAACUAUUGCCUCCUACGCGCUGCCGCGGAGGAAGGCGCCUCCGAGACGUGUCGCAAGCUGCUGGAGCACCAGGCUGACGUGAAUGCUCGGGACCAGAAUAACAUGACGGCCUUGAUGGGUUGCAUCGUUGGAGGUGACUACCACGACAUCGUCCGAAUGCUCUUGGAGGCCCGAGCAGAUGGUGCGGCCGUCACCGACGACGGCUUCACGGCGCUCAAGUGGGCGACCAGGCUGAACCGGAAGGAGUCGGUGGAGCUCUUGCGCUCGGUCGGGAUGCGUGGCGAAGCCUCCGCGUUUUCCUGA